AUGAGCUUUGGAAAAGAGAAGCCAUAUAAGUGCACAGACUGUGAGAAAAGUUUUCUUUGUAAGACACAUCUUACGGUUCACCAGAGGGUUCAUACUGGAGAGAAACCAUUUUCAUGUUCUGAGUGUGAAAAGUGCUUUAGUCGGAAGGCACAGCUUACCCUGCACCAGAUGGCUCACACAGGAGAGAAACCUUUUAGCUGUUCAGAAUGUGAUAAAUGCUUCACGGAAAAGAGUAAUCUUACUCAACACCAGAUGAUUCACACAGGAGAGAAGCCAUACACAUGCCUGAAAUGUGACAAAUGCUUCUCCAAUAAAAGAAGUUUUGCUCAACAUCAGAAAUCUCACGCAGGAGAGAAGCCAUAUAGAUGUUCGGAAUGUGGCAAAUGCUUCUCACAAAAAACAAAUCUUACUCGACACCAAAAAAUUCACAUAGAGGAAAAGCCGUACAACUGCACUGAGUGUGAGAAACGUUUUCAAAGUAAAGCAAAACUCACAAUUCACCAGAGAAUUCAUACCGGAGAGAAACCAUUUUUAUGUUCUGAAUGUGACCAGAAUACUCUUGUUAACCAUCAGAAGAUUCACACAGGGGAGAAGCCAUUUCAGUGUUCAGAAUGUGACACAUGCUUCUCACAGAAGGGCUCUCUUACUAAACACCAGAAGAUUCACACUGGAGAGAAACCAUUUCAAUGUUCAGAAUGUUACAAAUGCUUCGCUCUCAAGCAAAAUCUUACUAAACACCAGAAGGCUCACACAGGAGAGAAACCAUUUAGGUGUUCAGAAUGCGACAAGUGGAUUCACACAGGAGUGAAGCCAUUUCAGUGUUCAGAAUGUGACAAAUGCUUCUCACUGAAGGGCUCUCUUAUUAAACACCAGAGGGUUCACACAGGAGAGAAACCAUUUCAAUGUUCAGAAUGUGACAAAUGCUUCUUACAAAGUUCUAGUCUUACUCAGCACAAGAGGAGUCACACAGGAGAGAAACCCUUUAGAUGUCCAGAAUGUGACAAGUGCUUCUCACAAAGUUCUAGUCUUGUUCAGCAUCAGAGGAAUCACACCGGAGAGAAGCCAUUUAAAUGUUCAGAUUGUGAUAAGUGCUUUACAGUAAAGAAAGGUCUUACACAACACCAGGUGAUUCACGUAGGAGAGAAGCCAUUUAAGUGUCUGGAAUGUGACAAGUGCUUCUCUCGUAAAACAUAUUUUACUGCACAUCAGAAAACUCAUAGAGGAGAGAGGCUACUUACAGUAGAUGUUCAGAAUGUGGCAAGUGCUUUGUGCAAAACAUAA